GCAUGAACAGCAGAUGACCUAACUGUUCUGCGCGGGUUCUUCCUAUUUGCUUGUUCCGGAACCAGUCAUCGUUGAAUAAUUUUGUCUGCACUUUUAUCCAUGAGUUGGAGUCGGGCGUUUGCACGCUCAUGGAGCACACUAACGCCGAUAUAGUUUUAACAUAAUGUAAGACAGUAAUGUGUGGAUCGAAAGCUACGAAGUUUGCCUAUUGUCAGCUGCUAUUUUAAUUCUCGGCACUGUGCUGUGGGCAGCUGUCGGUCUUUGUCUUUGCAAUAAAUUGAAUUUUAGUCAUUUUUCUCUGCUUCUGUAGGACACCGGGUUAACAAAUCUGGAAUUGUGUUUUCAAGUGAGCAUACAUUCGUCUGUUUGGACCGAUAUUCUGCGGAAGCAACGGUGCUUCGCUGGCCACAACGAACAUACUUGGAUUUAAAAUGAUUCUAAUAAAAAGGAAAUAGAAUAUUCUGCAAAUCGAUAUUGACAUCAAUUCAUGGAGACCAGCAGAAUUCAUGGGAAUAAUAGGGAUGCCAGGCCUACAGGUCUGCACAAACUACGCACAUUUAAUGCGCCUCGAGGAGGAAUAUACCCCAUCAAGGGCUCCUCGGCUAUUAUAUGGAAAUUAGGUAUACCGCCUUCACCACCUAUGGCUGAAAUGGGAGGAGUGGUUACAUCACAGCCACAGUCACAGCCAGAAUCCAUCAACGAGAUCUUGACUGAUAACACCAAUGGUCAACUACAUGCCCUCGAAAAUGCCCCUGGUGGGCAAGCAGUCUCAAAUGACUAUGUUCCACCACCGAAUCAAAAAGAUGUAAUAAGUAAUAACAAUCUUGGGCAACCACUCUCGGAUUAUAUGUUGGUCCCAGGAUUGAACCCUGCACAGCAGCAGAGGACUAGCCUUAUUAUUGUAACGGACCACCAGCAAGGGAAAACUAAAGUGUUAAAAGUUGUUAAACGAGAGACCAGUAGAACAAGCCGAAGUAGUACAACACCAUUUCAAGUUCCCUGCUCAAAAGACCCGGACAUCUGUCCAUAUUGCGAGCAGUGCCGCUGUCCUAAGUGCAAACUUGCCGACGAACCGGCCGGUAAACUUAUUUUGAAUAGACGGUGCUUGUGCACUCCGAAAUCUGUACUGGAUACUUCCACAUGCUUUUGCUGUGUGCGCGGUAUAUUUUAUCAUUGCUUAGCAAAUGACAAUGAUGUUGAUGAAAAUACUUUUGUGGACGAGCCCUGUUCAUGUCAUCAUAAGAAAUGUUGUGUACGGUGGUCCACUAUAGGUGUUAUGUCGUUGCUUUUUCCAUGUCUUUUGUGCUAUCUUCCUGGAAGGGCAUGCAUAUGGGGUUGUCGAAAAUGCUCAACUCGACGCGAAACUGGCUGCAAAUGUAAGAGAACAAAUUUCAAUGGAAUGUUAUGAAGGACGGCCAAUAAACUGGAAAUUUUAAUGUGCAGUAAUCACAGAGAAAAGUCUGGAAAUCCAGGAAUUUAACAAUAUUUAGCUUCUGCGUGGGCUUUAUAGUGUGUGUGCUAAAUGAGAUGUUACAGGGACAUUAAUACUAUUCUACAGAGGUUUAAUGCAGUUUUAAGAUUAUUUGAAUUAUCGUAGUGCAUUCGAAAAUGGGGCCAAGAGGGCACUAUCACCUAUCUCUCUUUCACUUUUGAUGCAAUCUCCCUUUCUGUCAUCAGUAUAUUUUCAUACGGUUUCAAAUAAAGAAAAGUAAAUGAAUUUUUUUCAUAGAUUUUGAGUUAAAUUUUCAACAAUUUGGUAAAAAGUCUGAUUUUAUUAUUAUUUUAAAAUAUACAUAAGAAUAUUUUUUUAUUAUUAUUUUAAAAAUAUACAUAAGAAUUUGGAAAGCCCUAAAAAAAAAUCCAAUCAAAUAUCGAGUAGCUCAUUUAAUUAGAUAGAACAAAAAUCAAAUUCAAUGAUUUACACAUCAAGAAUAUACUCAGAACCACAAAUUUCUUAAGUACUGUACCAUCCAAUUUAAGAGUUUAUUCAAGGAAUUCAAAUCAAUUGGUCAGGAAACUUUUCAAAAUUUCAAUUGAAAGCUAGUAGUAGUAUACGAGCAUGGUUUCCUAUUGAAGCAUUACUCAUUUCCGCAAAACAAAAAUCAGAACAUAAAAAGACAUGCACAUAAAAAACUUAAGCUACUCCUGAAGUAAUUUCCCAUGGUUUUUAAUGUGAAAUGUGGCAUAUAGUUGUGGAUCAAAAGUAAAUGUAUUUGACACAACCCAGUAAGUAGUCCUAAUUCAUUUGCUGGUAAAUUUGGGCUUCCUUAAUUGGUUUCAGUAGAUAGGUUAUCAAACGUCAGAAAUCGUAAUCUAUAUGAAUUCCAUCCCUUCAUUAUUGUUCUCGUUAGUGGAGCCGCAGUGCAUAACGGAAACGAAUAAACAGAUAAAUGUCUUACAGUGAACAAUCAUUUGAUGCUCACUUUGCAGUGUUAUUUUUAGCAACACCAUUAUGCAUUAAGUCAGCCAAAGUAUAAUGAAGAAUUUCACCUUCCCUUCUAAUUUAAAUCAUGUUUUCAUUAUGUCAAAUAAGAUGUACUGUACUUACCUUAAUCAUGAAAUAACAUUUAACAUUUUUGUCUGUAAAUUAUAAGAAAUACCAAGGAUGUGAAAGGUUGUAUCUUUAUUUUAAGUACAGUAAUAAUAAUUUUAUCCUGAUAAUUGUAAGAUGAUGUGUAAAUCCUUGACACUUUUUUUAUUAAUAAAACUUGGGAUCAGCUACAGUAUAAUAAAAGCCACAGAUUUUACUGGAGUAUAAAUUAAUGUCGCCUGGGGCAGAUAUAUCAGUGGGCUUAGAUUUCGCAUGUAUUUCUGCCACACAUGAAGACCUGAGAUGCUUAGCACCAGUAUCUGCUACUUCCUGUCCACAGGCCUGGGGGAUAAGUUCUGUUUUGACCCUGUCACAAACAGCCAUCAAGCCAAACUUGAAAUCUCAAGUAUUUGUGUUAUGAUAUGGUUACUGCAUCCCUCAGUGCCAGAUCUAAAGGUCACUAGCUGUGGUAUGAAGAUUAAUUUUCAGCUUGAUUCUUCCAGUGAAGACCAAUUUUAGAGAAUUACUGAAGACAUUAUGGAGCCUGUUUUCAAAAUGAUGCACUGUAUAUAUUCUAAUAAUAUAUUUAAACUCCACAAUUCCAGGCUCUUGAAUAUUAUAUCAAACAUACAAAAAGCUAUUUUUAGCCAAGGAAUCUGGCAAAUGCAUUACAUUUUCAAUCCAUCGUAUAUUAGUUAAACCAUAAAACCAUCUGCAUUUAGAUUGCUGAAGGAAUAACAAAACAAAAAAAAACUAUUUUAAUCUUAAAAUUAUUUAAAGGAACAAUUUAUAAUCAAUUCAUUUUAAGAAUGUGGUAGGUUCAUAUGUCUGUUAUCUCAAUGAAAUUAAUGAAAGGGAGAUUGCAUAUAAAAUGAUUUUACAUUACAGCAGUGUAAUUGUAAAGGCUGUAAACAUUUUUUUCAACACAAUGUCAAGCAAUAAACCAUAGGAAAAGAACUGCACAAACUGAUAAAACAACUGGGGGUAAGAUAACAAUGCCUCUAAGCUUUGUGAAAACAGUGUUGUCCCCAAAGUGGUUUGAACUGAGAGAAAUGGAAGUGUAUAGGUUUAACUAUUGCAGGACAUUAUGUGUACAUUUUGCAAGUAUUUAUUUUAUGUAGUUUACUUCAUUAUAAACUGAGGUUUACUUUGACAAAUUUAUAAAUCCUGCUUAGCUUUUUUUUUUUAAUGGAAAUUAAAUUCUACGAUUGUAAACUUGAAAGGCUAGUUUGUCAAAGAAACAUUGCAACAAAGGGCCUGCUAGCAGUUGAAUGCUGUAAAUAUCUUUUUUUGUUUCAUUAAAUACUUAGCCUUAAAGACCAUUGACCAAAGCCUGUUGUAUGCCCAUAUAUAGUCAUGAUGUGCCUAUAUAUAGUCAUGAUGUGCCUAUAUAUGGUCAUGAUGUGCCUAUAUAUGGUCAUGAUUUGAUGUCAUCAUGACCAUAUUUAUGCAUGCCACAUGUUUUUUCAAGUCUGGUCAGGACUUUAGAAAUAUUAAAUGCUUAAGAUCUGAAUAAAUCCCUAUUGGGUGCACACAAAAUCAUUGUGCUUUUGAAAUAGUUAAUCCUCCUCUCAUGUUCACAAAUAAAGUUCAAUGCAGGUUGUUUAAUCACUGCAUUUCAAUACAAAAUUUAUUGACAGCUCUAACAUCUUUGUGUUGUGGAUUUGCUAAGAAAUGUCCUGAAGGAACACUGUUGAAAAUUUAAUAUGGUAUUUUAUACAUUUCUUUAUAUUUUAAGAAAAGCCCAUAUUUUAAUUAUUAUAGCUUUAUUUCAAUGGAAUAAGCAAAUCCAUAGUUAAAACUGCGCAUGCUUGUAUCCAAGGUCAAUCGAGGUCAUUCGACAUAAAACCUAUGUUGUGUGUAUGAUGUCGAUUCACCUUGAUACGAAUGCGCAGUUCCAACUACGAUUUGGCUUAUAAUAUUGAGUGGUCUUGAGAGUUGUUGACUCUCUACCAUAGUUAUUUAUGUACACAAUGACGAGUGAUUGUGUACCAUCGAACAAUGCCUGGUUAUCACUUUCCCAUUUCAAAGAGUUUAAACAAAUAGUGCACAAUAGCCUCAAAACUGUACAAGUUAUGCUCUGUGCUGGUUUAUGUAAUCAGGACUCUUGCCAACUUUAAGCUUUCAAAAUAUUGAUUUUAUAACCAUCCUAUCAAAGAUAGUUGGAGAGUGGUGUAAAAAGGUUUUCCAAGGGGUGUAAACUCUGCCCUUUGUUUUUAUUUUAAUAUAUCCGGUGUUUUAAAAAGUUCUAUUUAUUGCUAUGCCUCUUCUGUAUUCAAUUUGAAUUCAAAUAUUUUGGUUUUUAAAUUGCAUUAAUUCCAAGCCAGUAGCUUUGUAUUCUUUUUUUUCUCUAUAGUUUGCAUUUUUAGAAAAUAUAUUUUAAAUGCAAUACUUUAGUUUGAUAUAAAACAUAUUUUAUAAAUUUACUGCCAUCCAAAACAUCUGCAUGAGGAUGUUAUUUUCUCUAUUUACAUGUUUACAUUAGAAAAACAUUGGUGGACUUUUUUAUACAAUAUAUUUAGUAUCAGUAAAUUUAUUACUGAUUUUGGAAAUAUUUAGUCCUACUCCUACUGUACUAGAACUGUAGUGGUCACACAAUAUCCAGUUUCAACUAACACAAAUUCAUGCAUACAAAAAUGUAAUGAAGAAUCUAUGCAUUUGCAAUCUAUAGUGGGACAUUGAAGAUAUACUGCCUGUAGUAAUUACUAUGGAAAAAAAACUAAAGGAUCAAACGAGGCACAGAUAAAAACAAUUAUUACUUUACAAUAAAAAUCCUUAAAAUCAAUUACCAGCAAAUUUAAGGAUCUAUGCAAAAUAUGUAAAUUAUAUAUGAACAUGAAGUGUUACUUAUGAAUAUGUUGUAAGUAAAUUUAGUUUUCAGGGUAUUUUUCACCUGUAAUAUAUUCAAAUUUAUUUUUUCUAUUGUAGAUGCUUGACACGGACAGUAUAUCUUUAAUGAAUGCUUUUACCUAAAUUUAAUGUGGAAAUCACCAAUACAGCUUAAUAUAAUAAAAGGCAGUAUCUGCCUUUAAACAUGUAUUCAAAAUUUUCUUUUAUUUUUAAGUUUAGAUAUUUAUAAUUUAUGUUAUUUUAAAAUAAAAAGCACAUUUGAGUACCACAUUAUUUAAUUUGGCUCAUUUGACUACAGGUGUGCAUAGUUACAGGUGGUUGUAUGUUAUUUACAUAGUCACCUUUAUUAUUUGGUAUUAUUUUAAUAGUCAAAUGUGUGUAAAGAACUUGUGUAUUAUGUAAAUUAUAUCUAGGAAAGAACUAUAAGUGGUAAAUAGGUACCGGUAUGUGUAUACUGUAUAAAUUAUCAUAGAUAUGUUUGGUAAAUACUGAUUACAGGUAUUAAUUGGAAUAUGCAAAUGAGAUAAACAAAAAUCAUGGCUUCCUAUUAUUAUUAUAAACUUAAUUAAUGCAUCACUUUACAAGCCUGUUGUUUUCAUUCCUCUAUGGUUGACAUGCAUAAAAUAGUUUCUGUACAGUUAUGGUAAUAACAGCCAAUUAAAAAUAUAUGCCUAUAUACAGUAAUAAAAAUUGUUCCUCUUCAUAUAAAAAUUGAACAUAGUUUUCCUUGGCAAAAUACAUAAAAAUGUAACAUUUCACUAAAUAUACAGUGAACAUUAUGAUCAAAACCCAGCAUAAAAAUACAGAAACUGGUUAUAAAACUGGUUAGAAAUUUUUUUUUUUGAAUUAUUCAUGUUACUAGUGUUAGUAAAAAUACCUCAAGCCUAAUGCUACAACUAAUGUUUUAAUGGUCAUAAUCAUGGGAUUUUAAUGCUACAACUAAUGUUUUAAUGGUCAUAAUCAUGGGAUUUUAAUGCUACAACUAAUGUUUUAAUGGUCAUAAUCAUGGGAUUUUAAUAAAAUAUUUUUGUCAUGCCACACCUUUUUGAAAGACAAACUACUGCCCAACUAACGACGUUAAUGUUUUCUCAGAGAAAUAACCAAAGUGAUUGCAAAAGGAAGCAUAAAGCCAUGAUGUGGUACACUACUGAUAGGAUAAAUGGUUUUGAAAGUUAAGCACUUUAUUUGUGUAUAUACAGUAUUAGACGAUUGGGUAUGUACUUUGUUAUAUUGUAUAAUACAUAAAAAACCACAAAGCUGAAAGAUUUGUAAUUUGGGGCUGAUUUUGAGUGAGGAAAAUCAUUCACACAAUGUUUGCAUAAGAAAAUAUUCGGAGUUCUAUUUUAUUAUAUUAUUUAUUUUUAAGAAGGUAUUAAAACCAUCAUCUGAGAGACAGCAAAA